GGUUUUCCUGCGUCUUCUUAGAGGGGUUAAUGCUAACAGCAUUCAACUCAGCGUUUCGAAGAUCCAUGUCAACAUCAGCAACUCUUCAACGUUCACUGAUUGCUGUCUGCCAGUUGACUAGCGGCCACGAUGUCGACAAAAAUUUCGAAGUAUGUCAAGAUAUGGUGAAGCGAGCAAGCGAUCACCAUUGUAAGAUGAUCUUCUUCCCCGAGUGCUUUGAUUUUAUUGGCAGAAGCAAAGAAGAAAAUAUUACAAUGGCGACGGAGGAGAAGGGAGCUAUAAUGGAUCGCUUCAGGUCCCUAGCAAAAUCGAGUGGAAUCUGGAUGUCUCUAGGUGGAUUACAUAACAAAGACCCUUCUGACCCUCGUCUUCCAUGGAAUUCUCAUAUUAUUAUUGAUAAUGAGGGAAAUACGAAAGCUAUCUACAACAAACUGCAUUUAUUUGAUCUCGAAAUUCCUGGCAAAGUCAGGUUGAUGGAAAGCGAGUUCAGCAAAGGUGGUAAACAGAUGGUCCAGCCAGUUGACACACCUGUCGGCCGUGUAGGUCUUUCCAUUUGUUAUGACCUGCGGUUUCCGGAACUGUCACUUUGGAACAGGCAGAAAGGUGCCGAGAUUCUUACUUUUCCUUCUGCGUUCACUGUGAACACCGGAUAUGCCCACUGGGAGCCCUUGCUCCGGACCCGUGCUAUAGAAACUCAGUGUUAUGUGGUAGCUGCUGCUCAAACAGGAAAACACAACGAGAAACGCUCCUCCUAUGGACAUUCUAUGGUCAUUGAUCCUUGGGGAGCUAUCAUUGCUCAGUGCUCCGAGCGAGUAGACAUGUGCUUUGCUGAAAUUGACACUUCUUAUGUCGCUGAAUUACGCAAAAUGCAACCUGUAUUUGCACAUCGACGUUCUGACUUAUAUACUUUGCAUGUGAACGAGAUCGAUAGUGAUGACUCGCCGAUGAAGUUCUCUGAUCACACUAUCGCUCCUGAGUCGAUCUUCUACAGAUCUGCUCUAUCUUUUGCGUUUGUCAACCUCAAACCUGUGCUGAAUGGACACGUGCUCAUUUCUCCUAAACGGAUUUGCCAUCACCUCACAGAUCUGACUGAUGCAGAGACUGCUGACCUGUUCAUAGUUGCUAAAAAGGUUCAACGGAUGUUAGAAAAGUUCCACAAUGUCUCGUCGUCCUCUGUAUGCAUCCAAGACGGAGAAGAAGCUGGGCAAACAGUGAAGCAUGUCCAUGUGCACGUGCUAGCUCGUCGGAAAGGAGACUUUGGUGACUGCCCUGACAAUAUGUACCAGACUCUGGAGAAGCAUGAUAAAGACUCCACAGUUCAACCCCGGUCUCAAGAGGAGAUGAGCGCUGAGGCAGCGCAGUAUAGAGAUGCUAUGAGAAAUGUCUGAGUCAAUCAUUUCGUUUCGUUGUUUCAUGUAGGGCGAAUUGACGACAGACGGUCUGUAGUUGAGUUUUGUGCAGUUUUUUCUUGAAUUAGAGUUCAAAGUAAACCCUACGUGUAACGUAUGAUUUUUUUUUUGAUCUGCCUAGGUCAGUGUGACUUGAAUUUAUCUUCAUCUUGUUUUUUUGCUAGUCUUCCAACCAGACAUUUAUCACAUACUCAGAUUGUUGAGUCAUUGUCGUUCCUUGUCACUUUUUAAUUACUAUUUAAACUGUGAUAAAAAUUUUCCAACU